ACCAUUUGCAGGCCUCCAAAGAGAUUUUUCUGGGCCCCGCCAAGAAUAAUAGAUGCGCUGAGACACCCAAGGCCAGUGUUCUCCAAGCACCGAGCGCCAGAGACGCAGCAGCCAGGGCGGAACUCUCCAGGAAGAGGCGGCGCGUUCUGGGUUCCAUCCUGCCCCAGCCUGCUGCGGUCCUGGCCGCGCCACUGUCGCAGGCUGAGACUCCGUACCUGGUGCGUGUGGACGCGGCCCGCCCUCUCAGGCCUCUGCUGCCCUUCUGGAGGAGCACCGGCUUCUGCCCCCCACUGCCUCACGACCACGCUGACCAGUACGACCUUGGCUGGGACCAGCAACUGAACCUUGCCUACAUAGGCGCCGUCCCUCACAGCGGCAUUGAACAGGUCCGGGUACACUGGCUGCUGGACCUCGUCACAGCCAGGAAGUCAUCUGGGCAGGGACUGCUAUACAACUUCACCCACUUGGAUGCAUUCCUGGACCUCCUCAUGGAGAACCAACUCCUCCCGGGAUUUGAGCUCAUGGGCAGCCCUUCUGGCUACUUCACAGACUUCGAGGACAAGCAGCAGGUGUUUGAAUGGAAGGACCUGGUUUCUCUCUUGGCCAGCAGAUAUAUCGGUAGGUACGGCCUGACACAUGUUUCCAAGUGGAACUUUGAGACUUGGAAUGAACCAGACCACCAUGACUUUGACAACGUGUCCAUGACCACACAAGGCUUCCUGAAUUACUAUGAUGCCUGCUCUGAGGGCCUGCGCACUGCCAGCCCCACUUUGAGGUUGGGUGGCCCUGGGGAUUCCUUCCACCCUCUGCCAAGGUCACCACUGUGCUGGAGCCUCCUGGGUCACUGUGCCAAUGGAACCAACUUCUUCACCGGUGAGGUGGGCGUACGUCUGGAUUACAUCUCCCUGCACAAGAAGGGUGCAGGCAGCUCCAUCACCAUCUUGGAGCAGGAGGUGGCAGUUGUGGAGCAGAUCCAGCAGCUCUUCCCUGAGUUCAAGGACACCCCUAUCUACAAUGAUGAGGCAGACCCCCUGGUGGGCUGGUCCCUGCCGCAGCCUUGGAGAGCUGAUGUGACUUACGCAGCGCUGGUGGUGAAGGUCAUUGCGCAGCACCAGAACCUGCUCUUUGCGAAUGGCAGCUCCUCCAUGCGCUAUGUGCUCCUGAGCAAUGACAAUGCCUUCUUGAGUUACCAUCCGCACCCUUUCUCCCAGCGCACGCUGACGGCCCGCUUCCAGGUCAACAAUACUCACCCACCCCACGUGCAGUUACUGCGCAAGCCAGUCCUCACAGCGAUGGGGUUGAUGGCCCUGCUGGAUGGAGAGCAACUCUGGGCUGAGGUGUCACAGGCUGGCGCUGUGUUGGACAGCAACCACACCGUGGGUGUCCUGGCCAGCACCCAUCAUGCUGCCGGCUCCCCCGAGGCCUGGAGUAGCACAGUUCUGAUCUAUGCUAGUGAUGACACCCGCGCACAUCCCAACCGCAGUGUCCCCGUGACUCUUCGCCUGCGUGGGGUGCCGCCUGGCUUGGGGCUUGUCUACGUAGUGCGCCGCCUAGACAAUCAGCUCUGCAGCCCCUACAGUGAGUGGCUGUACAUGGGCCAGCCAGUCUUCCCGUCUGUGGCACAGUUCAGACAGAUGCGCAUGGUGGAGGACCCAGUGGCUGAGGCACCGCGCCCUUUCCCUGCUGGGGGCCACCUGACCCUACACCGGAAGCUUCCAUUGCCAUCACUCCUGCUGGUGCAUGUGUGUGCGCGCCCCUCGAAGCCACCGGGGCAGGUCAGCCGGCUUCGCACACUGCCCCUGACACGUGGGCAGCUGGUUCUGGUCUGGUCAGAUGAGCAUGUGGGCUCCAAGUGCCUAUGGACAUAUGAGAUCCAGUUCUCCCAGAAGGGGGGAGCAUAUGUUCCGAUCAGCAGGAGGCCGUCUACUUUUAACCUCUUUGUGUAUAGCCCAGACACAGCUGUGGUCUCUGGCUCCUACCGAGUACGAGCAUUGGACUACUGGGCCCGGCCAGGUCCCUUCUCAGACCCCGUGACUUACCUGGAUGUCCCUGCCUCAUGAGAACCACUGGCUCCUGGUGACUGGUGAGCCUGUGCUGACUGCUGAAUGGGGUCAGCCAGGAUGAGCUAGGCUGCCAUUAGCUAGUCUAUUGCCUAUUGGCUCCUUUGUUGUUCCCCUAGUUCCUUUUAAAGUAUCUUUCUCUGACUUGGGCCUCUGUGGAUGAGCACCACUCAGGGCCUAGCUUUAGUGAUCUUUGCCCACCUUCCUCCCCUUCCAGCUGGUCAGAAGUUUAAAUGUGGGACUGAGAAGAUGGCUCAAUGUGUCAAAGUGCUUGCUCUGCAGGCAGGAGGACUUGAGCUCAGAUGUCUAGCUCAUGUAAAGGCUGCGCAUAGCAGUAUACACCUAUAACCCUAGUGGGGCAGGACGGGCAGAGACAGGCCAGACUCAGUGACCGUCUAGUCGACCUAAAACUUCACCUUCCAGCCUCAGUGAGAAACCCAGUUUCAGAAAAAUCAAGCAGAGAGCUUGAUACACAAUAUUGACCUUUGAUCUACACACACACACACACACACACACACACACACACCACACCACACCACACCACAUGCAAACACAGUCUAAAUUCAGUUUCUUGAGCUUCUGUAAUAUCAAAAAGAAAAUUAUGCACUUCUUACAUUACACAGAGUAAACAUCUCCAUUCCAAAAGGAAAAUAAAUGGCAAGGAAGAAUUUAAGUGAAGCAAGAACAAAACACAACAAGACAAACAUAAAAUCCUGCAGAUCCCUUCCCAGCAUUGGGGCAUGUGUUAUUGUGAUAUGAGCUCUAAUGUACUAGACAGUCUGUCUCUGUGGUACUGCUAUUCACAGCCCGUUCCCCACCAUGACUUUUCUCCUAGGCUGGUAUCUUGGGAUUUCUAUUGCUGUGAUAAAACAUGAAGAGCAUAAGCAACUUGGGUAGGAAAGGGUUUAUUAUACUUACAUUUCCACAUUAUAGUCUAUCACCGAAGAAAGCCAGGGCAGGAACCUUGAGGCAGGAACAAAUGCAGAAGCCAUGGAGAAAUGCUGCUUAUUCAGACUAUGUUCUUACACACCCUGGAUCACCAGUCAAAGGAUGCUGCCACCCACCAUGGCCCGGGCCCUCCCGCCUCAAUCACUAAUUAAGAAAAUGCAACACAGGCUUGCCCAUAGGUCAAUCCUGUUGGGGCAUUUUUCUCAACCGAGGUUCCUUCUUCCCAGAUGACUCUAGUUUGUAACAAAUUGACAUAAAACUAUUCCAGCCUUGCCAUAUA